AUGAAUGGUCCAGUUCGACGACAUUUUCGACAAAUUAUGCCACAACAUCCUAGUGAUACAUCAUUAUCAAUUACUGAUCGAUUGGAACAACGUAAUGGCGUCACAGUUAGUCCUCGAACAAUUCGUGAAGCUGGUCUUAACGAAAACUACCAUCCAGUUCACGCAAGAGUUCACUGGCAGAUAAACGAACAGCAAGCUGCACGUCGAUUUCAGUGUUUCUAUGCAAACAGAUCAAAGUACUGGCAGAAUAUCAUUUUUUCCGACGAAAAGAACUUUCAAGUGGAUGAAACUGGUACUUUUUACGGGAUUCCUAUUAGUGCUCCUCGACCAAGAACAUUUGUAGGUUAAGUAAAGUAUAGUAUUAACAUAUUUCGAGCAGUUUGGUACAACCAUCGAUCUCGUUUGGUGUUUACUCAAAGUUCCAGUAAUUCUAUCACAUAUUUACAACACGUACAACUUGCCAUUGGUCAUUAUGUUCGAAAUUUGCAUGGUUAUUCAUUUAUUCAUGAUCACACCACCUGGGACCAUACAAAUGUGAUACAUAAUUUGAUGACUGCUAACGGUAUUUCUUGUAUAGAUGAUUGUCAUUCAGUCAGCCCUGAAGUUAAUGCUAUAGAACCGGUUUGGGGCUGGAUGAAUCGAUACGUACAAUUUCGUCAUCCAAGGUCACAGCAGAAUUUAGAAAAGUUGUUCAAAGAAGCCUGGCAACGAAUUCCUAUCACCAUUAUACAAGGCUACAUACCACAUAUUCAUACUAUCGUCCAACAAAUCAUUAAUGGUCAAGGCUGGGACAUCGACGCAUAAUAUGUGAACGAGAUUUUGUUCUUAUUGUCAGAGAAUAUAUUCAAUAAAAUACAUGUAACCAUAUGCCUAAACUAGGAAUAAUCACUGAUUAGAAGAGAGA